AUGAAUGCCCUGGAAGACAAUCGACGCCAACCAGGUCUCCGGCUGAAGCAGAGCGACAGUCUGGGAAAGGUCAAGAGGAACCGACAGUCACCCGCAUCCCCCAAGUCGGUCAUGGUCAAUAGGGCUUACCAUGCCAAAAUGCAGGGCGAAGAAAAGGCCGCACAAGAACGACGAAAACGCCUGGAUCUCUUGCACACACAGUAUCAAGAUUCCUCGCGUCGUGACGAUGAUGAUGCUGAUGAUGAUGUCAGUUUAGAUGGAUCUGUCUCAUCAGUGUCCAGUUGGGUGGGUCGUAAGGGACGCAAGCUGUUUGGAAGCUCAACGCCCCCUUCCAGUCUCUGCUUGAUGAAUGACAGCACCAUCCGAUCUUCCUCUAAGCGAGGAGGGCUGGGGAGCAUGUUUUCAUCAAAGCCAUUUGAUAGCCGCAGAGAGGAAGAUGACGGCGACCUGUCCAGAUUGGGAGGGGACCAUGAUAUCUGUAACAUUAGCAUCAGCAUCAAGAAGGAAGUACCAAAGAAAAGUAUGGAGUGCCACGACGACGAUGAGGAUGACGAUGUGAGUUUGGAUGGAUCUGUCUCGUCAGUGUCCAGUUGGGUGGGGCGCAAGUUGUUUGGAAGCAGCAGCAAGUCCAAUAAGGGAUGUUCCAACAACAAAAGACAUUCGGUUCCCUCUUCCAGUCUCCUCUUGAUGAAUGACAGCAGCACCCGAUCUUCCUCCAAACGACAAGGACUGGGGAGCAUGCUUUCAUCAAAGCGAUUUGACAUUGAUGGAGAGGAUGAUGAUGACGACAUGUCCAGUUUGGGAGGGGAUGAUGAUAUCUACUCCAGUCUCUUGGGGGGCUUUUCGGAUGACGAGGACACGGAUCUUGUCCGGGCGCAAGCACACAAGUCUGACAGGCACCUGGUUUGCAAACGAGAAAAGGUUCAGAAACUACCAAAGAAAAGCAAAGAGUCAUCUAAGGGGAGAUCUGGUAGCAGCAAGAGGGAAGGAAAGCCCACCAAGUCAAACACCUCUAGCAACAGAAAAAGUAAGCAGAGAAAGACCAGAAAGCCCAAGGCUGCUGAUGAUGACAAAAGGACCAGAAGGAAGGAAGCAAAUGCUAGCAGUGGGGGUGGCAAAAGAACAAAGCCAUCCCAUAGGAGACACCCGCAGGAUGGACAAAAGCAACCAUCUUCAAGGCGACACCGUGGUGAUUUGCCCCGCAAACACUGUGGUGAUUCUCCUCGGAAACAACACUGCGACUCGCCUCGACGACGGAGACCCAUGCGCAAGGCAAAAUCCGUCGGAGAACAUCCCACAUCCCGUGCGGUUCCGUUACGUCGCACGGCCACAGCAGAUGAAGCAUUGUUGGCGGCUCGCCACAGGGCCAAUCAUCGUCGCGCACAACGAUCCGGGGAACGGUCCCAUGUCAGACGCAGUUCCCAGGCCGAGGAACCAGCCUUGCUAAGCAUCAUUCUAUCUGAAGCUCGGACAACUGCUCUUGCCCAAGAAGGUCACCAACUUUCACGGCGAAGUCUCUUUCUGGGAGAUACUCCCCCACCACGAGGUGCAGGACGAAGUUCUGUUGCAAGCGAAGCCACUAAAAGACGACGACAUUCUACCAUGACCCAAGAAAAUGAUGGUCCACCGCUGAGAAGCAUCAUCCUAGGAGAAACCAAGCUUCCGCCCAGACCUGCGAGACGAAACACCUUCAUUGGGGCAUCUCCCGCUCCCAGAGGACCUAAGGGUACCGGGCCCUUGCAUUGUUUGAGCUCCUCGCUACAUUAA